AUGAAGACAUCUACUUUAAAGAUUACUUUAAGCCAGGUGAUUUAAACUUGUUUGAAUGUGCCAGUCACGUACAUUAUAUUUUAUACUUGGAGCCACUUAUUAGUAUGUUCGUAUUUGAUCAACAGGUUGCAUUGAAUUUAAGAGGCUUGAGUUUGUGUACUUACUGAAGUUAUUUUUUUCCAUUUGUUUACAGGAAUACUUGUCAAAGCCUCCUUUUGAGAAAAGAUUUACUUCAAGUGUCUUAAUUCCCAUUAAAAAGCCUCAAAUUGAAAGGUCACAAAAGCUUAAGUAUGCUACAAAAUGGAAGAGUGAGGGUCACUUGGUUAAUAACUCUUUUGUUAAGGAAGUAAGCACAAACAUGUCGUACAGAUAUAAGGAUUCACAAUCUCAACCAUCUUCUUUACCAAGAAGAUAUUUUUCACUUCCAAAGAAUUAUUCUUCAGUUGGUACUGACAAUGGUAAAGAUUCAUCACACUCUAAAAGGUAUAGGUCUAUUUCUUCGUCAUCUGCAACUUCGUCUGUGACACCUUAUGCUCAGUCUUCAAGAUAUGGAAGUUUACGAACCUAUGGUGCUUCCACAAACAGUUCUACAUCUGAGGAUAUUAAAAAACCAACUUCCCGUCGGGCCUCAGGCAGCUCUGUGACCUCUAGAUCUGUUGGGAUUAGUAGCAUUCCCCGUAAAAGUUCUUACAGUGGUACCUUGUCUUCUUUGGUAUCCUCAAGUACACGUGAUACAACACCAUCAUACUCAUCUAGACAUGUGUCAAGUAUUCCGCAUAGGACUUCUGGAAGUUCAUCAAUAAGUGCAGACUCCAACUGGAUGCCAGGAGGAGCUCCUGUAAGGCAGCGCUCUAGUAUCACACUGCGUGAGACCCAGCCCACUUGGGGCCCUGAUGGUCCUCCAGUUAGACAGUACUCUAGCAGCUCAUUGCGAGAUUCUCCAUUUACUUUGCCACCAAGGAGAUCGUAUUCCUCCUCAAAAGGAUGUAUUGAUAAUGAAACAAGGACAUCAUCAAGCAGAAAAUCAGGUCCUGUUGAAAUACUAUCGACAGACCCUAUGUCAGCAUCAAAUGUUGAGUACAAAGGAAAUAAUGAUAGUGAAGAAAUUGAAAGAACAUCAUAUUGUAGGAAAAUUAGUCCCACAGAACCAACAUCAAUGAGGCGCACUUCUGCUCCUUCUGUUCAGUAUGCAGGAAGUAUUGAGAUUAAGUCUGACAAACCAUCAUCACCCACAUCACCUUCAUCACCUGCAUUACCAAAAUCACCCACAUCACCUACAGUUUCUUAUUCUGGUAGUAUUGCACAUAAAGAUAUGCUAAGCUCAAAGAGUGAAGCUAGCACAACGAACAGCUCAUGCCUAGAAGGUGCCAGUGGUGAUAGUCAUGCUGCUUCCAGAGAUAGUAAUGAUGAUGAUGAGGUUGAAUCCUCUGCUGCAAGAGACAUUUCACUUUUAAGUAGAGAAAUUGCAAGUGUUUAUGAAGGUUCUCUCACUCGGAGUGACUCAAGGAAAGUCAAAGGAAACAAUGUAUCACAAAUCAAGAGUUCAACAGAAAGUAAAAAGUCAAGGAAAAAUUCAAAACAGGAAAUACAGAAUGACAUGCCACAAUCCAAUGAGAAGAAAAUAACCGCAAGUGGGAAAUCAUCUCGAGAACAAAGUCCUGGAUCAGAUACAGGGCUUAAGUUUAAAAAAGGUCAUAAACGAAGUGCAAGUACUGGGUCUACUUCAGUCAAAGAUGACAAAAAAAGUAAACCUGUGAGAAAAAUUUCUGGAAUCUUUUCUCGGAAAAAAUCACGGGAAUCAACUGAUUCCGAAGAUGAUGAGGAGAGGUUACAGAGCAAAGGCUCAGGGCUUUUCUCCCGAAAAGGUUCAAAAGAUUCGGAGAAGGAUUUUUCCUCACCAUCACCUCCAUUAUCCCCUAAGACAUCUCCAAAGCGGAAGAUUUCUGGUCCUGGUAGAUUGUUUUCUUUCUCUAGUGACUCAAAGACAACUCCUGAAAUGCCACGGAAGUUUUCCGUUCCAGGAAAAUAUUUUGCAAGUAAGGAAAGCAAAUCUGGUGGGGAAUCGAGUGAUUUGGAUUCUGAAGGUCCAAGACCUUCUCGACCUCCUGUGAAAAGGAGAGUCUCUAUGCCAGGAAUGUUAUCUUUAACAAGAAGCUCUAGCACAGAAAGAUCAUCUGGUGGUGGCUGCCAUCCCAGCCCUGAUCCUGCAGCUGAUCCUGCUCUUCUUCAAAGACAGAGAAGUAGUUUUAAGAAAGCACAGUCUUUUGAUGCACAGAGUGAUAAGGCAAAACACUCCAUGUUGAGUAAGUUAAGGUUUUGGGAUCAUAACAAGAAGGAUAAGUCACCUGAUUCAAGAAACUCCACAUCACCAGAGGAGGGAAGAUCGCGAUCAGUUUCUCCUUCUGUGGAACCAACACGUAGGAUUUCUUUGGAAGAGAGGUUAGAAAAUACAACUUCUCAAUCAAGGAGGAGUAGAGAGAGAACUACCAAGAAAAAGUCCUCCCAAGAAAAAAUACUUGCUGAUGCAGUAGCACCUUUAGAAUCAAAUGCAAGGCAGGCUUUAUUAGGUCAUGAUAAAUCGCAGGUUUCUCCUAAGGUGACAAACUCAGGUCUAGUGGCAAAUGAUGUCACAAAGAGUAUUGGUAAAGAGCCUAAAGUACAGUAUGUUGGUCCUGUUGAACCUUCCACAACAUCAGAGCUACGGGCAAGGAAAAGAGCACAAUACAGAGUGAAUUCAGGGGAGAAACAAACAGAAAGUAAGGUAAAGGCUUCAGGUAAUCCAGCACAAGCUGAAGAGUCAAUAAAAUCUACUGGAAAGAAAGCUGAAAUUGCAUUGUCAGAUGCCACUGAUGAUGCAUCAAGAGACACAGUGUCCAAGUUACGAGAGAGGAGAAGGCGGAGACGCGAAGAAAGGGAACGCUUCUUCGCAGGUUUGGAGCCAUCUAAAAACUCAACCAACAGACCUGCUGAAACAACUCGAAAGGAUCCCGUUCCAGUUGAACCAGCUGUUAAAGAUGUUAAUCAUGAUGAAGUUGAUGGAAGAACAAUUUCUUCAAGCAACAAGCCAGAAGAUAAAAGUGGGAGGAUAACUAUUGAAAGAAGGAGUGACCAUCAAAAUGGGCAAAUUCCGAAAAAGUCAAACCUCAGAAAUGGGAAACCUCGCAAUCAAACUAUUGCAUCUGUGGUGCACAAAGAUAUUAUUGCUGAUUUGAUCAGAGAGAAGGGCCUUAAGACAACUACAAAUGCUGAAGUCAAAAUCCCCUCUGUGGCUGAACUCAGAGCAAAGUUCUUGAUAUCCAAGGAUGAUGCAAAGGUUAUUCCUCCGAGGCCAAUUCUAAAACUUGAUGAUCGACCUCACAGUAUCUGUGGGGAGAUUUUGUCGCCAACUGAGAUGAAAAAGUUUGAAGACAUGACUUUCUCCCUUGCUAGGAAAGUUUCUUCAGAGGCUGACAACUUAAAUAGGAAAUUAUCUAAUGGUGGUAAUGGCUCUUUAACGCAGAUUGAUGCUCAGUGGAAAACACUUUCAGGUGCAAAUGAAGAGAAAAGUCCACCUUCUUCUCCCAGAGUCAACAGUAAGGUGAAAAAAGAUAAGAAAGUUAAGAAUUCUCUGAAAGAAAAUGAACAAGUGGGAGAGGAGCCUGGAAGCCCUGAGAGUGGUAGUCAUAAGAAGAAAAAAGGAAGCAAGAAGAAGAAGAAGAAAUUGAUAUUUGGAAGUGAAAAGGAAAAGGAAAAAGAAAGUGAUAAAGACCAGGAAGUUAAACCACCAGAGGAGGACACUGAUUUGCCACAACAUGGAGCUGUAUCUGCGGCAAUAAAAGCCAUGUUUUCACGAAAGCCUUACACAUCUGAGAAGAUUAAGAUAUCGCGGAAGCAGCGAGCCAAGACAGUGCCUAUUAACCAAACAGAGAAUAGAGAUAUUGGGCAAUCUGAAAUGGAAUCGAGGGAAAGGAAGAAAUCAGCCCCGGCAUCAACAGAUGUACAGAACUCUCCAGAUAUGAAUGCAAAGCCUGUAAAAAUUGAGAAGAAAGUUGAAAAGGGUGAGAAAAUUGAGAGGAAAGAGGUAAUGGAAGAUCUUGAAAAGAAAACGGAAGAUGUAGAUGAGAAAGAAAAAGCAGGGAAGGAUGUAGAGCUGCAGCCAACUGAGGAUCUUGAGGAGGCACCAGUAAAGGAAAGAAAGUCCCUCAAAAAACGUAAGUUCCUUUUACAUGCUUAUUUUUUAUUGAAGUAACUUUGGAUUAAAUCCUUCUGGUUUGCCUUUAGUGAUGUGUCAUUCCCACUUUGAUUCCAAGUUAAUUCUGUGGUUUAAUUUUUUUUUUAAGUAUAAAGUUUUCAAUCCAUUUGGUUUAUUUUUCCUUUGUCUUGUGAUCCUAAUUAUCCUAAUCCUUAAUUUCCCAAGAUCUGAUUGUUAAUUCUCCCUUCUAGCUUCCACACAUUUCCUUGUAAAUUAGUUAUGAGAAUUUGGUAUGCUUAAAAGAUUAAGAGAACUUCUACCUGAUAAAUUGGAGUAUUCUUGUUACUUGUUUUCUGGAUAAUGUAUGGAUAUUAGAGAAAGAAGUUACAUUUUGAUCACUUCUGGGAAUUAAAAAAGGGUUAUCCUGAACAAGGAAAAUAAAAAUCAAACAUGUUAAAAAAAUUUAAGUCAAGAAAGAAAUUGAACUAAAAUGUAGACAUUGCAGAGUAGACAGGAACUUAGAAUGCUGUGUCCAUGAAAAUCCAGAUUCUCAGAACUGGCAGAACAGAAAAUUUGUAGAGCCCAUUAUAGAGAAUUAGUGGUAGGACCAGGGUAGUAGAAAGUGUAAAGUGGAACACUGAGCUCAGAGGUUAAUUUGUUAUUUGUGUUGAUAAAAUACUAAUUUCUCAGAACCAGCUGAGAGCAAAGAGUGUAAUGCUUAGAAAGGAGAAUUUAAUGGUUUAUUGGUUAGAAGUGAAAACAAUGAUGUUAUUUUAGCUCACAGGGAAAAUUACAGAUGUUUUUGUCUCUUGUAAAGCUGUUGGCAAGAGAAAAAUAGCUGGUGAUAAUUGUAUCAAGAAAAAAAUAAUACACAGUGUUUAUUGUUUUCUCUUUGUUAGCAAGGUCAAUCCCACUUUGUUAUGACAGUAUUCUGUAACACAAUCCGCUAUUUUGAUAUUUUCAGUUCAUUGCCAAAGAUUGUUUGUUUAAUCAUUAUGGAAGUUGUGAUCAUGGCCUAAAAAAGCUUAGUUUUUCACCCUUAGCUCCUCUUUCUAUUACAUCUCAGCCAGUGAGAUUGCAAGAGAAAUAUUUUAAUUUUGAUUAGAGAUUUUAAGGGUUGAUAAGCUUUGCUCAGGAAACAUUAACAAAAAUAUUAAUGUAUAACCUUCAUGAGGAUGUGCUCUGUAAAUUGUUACUAAAUAAGACAUGGAUCCAAAAGUAAGUUCACUUUUCUCUUUUUAAAUCAACAAGUAAUGAAUGUUUCAGUUAAAAUUUACCUCUGUGUCUGUGUGAAAGAAUGUUUAAGUAAGCAAAGGAUAUAUUGUAUAAAUCUUUUAGAUUUAUCUGCAACUUGAUACACAAAUUGAUGCUCUCACUGCUCUGAGUUAUACAGCUGCAGCUGAGGAGUUGAAACGAUUGAAAAUAUUUUUUGUUUCAGUUUUUCUGCCUCAUGUUUGAUUCUGUCAAAUUAAACAGAUAUUAAUUUGAAAGCUGCAUGUGUUUGUACUACAUUUACAGUGUAGUUUUGUCUGUGAUCCUGUUUUGAAUUGUAUGUUUUCCUUAUAUAAAUUACAGUAGUUUUAUACAUGUGUUCCCAAGUGUAUUUGACCCCUCUUGGUGUAAAUUACCACCAAGAUUUUUAGCAGGGUUGUGCGUGUAUUUUCAAGAAUGGAAGGCAUUUGCAAAUAAUUAAUUUUCAUUCUGUACUUUGAGUUAGAGCAGUUCUAACUAACUUGGACAAUUUUGUCCUUUUAAGGAACCCUCUGAUUAAUAUUUGAUGUGUUUUUAGAUCAAGUUUCCAUUUGUGAAGAAACUAUUUUUAAAAAUCUACUAUACAAAACAGUUUUAAAUGUUUUGUUUAUUUGUAUAAAAUGUCAACUGCUGUAUGUCUCUGGGGUACGAUAAUCAAUAUUUAGAUUUUUCUAGCCCUGAGUCUAAAAUUUGGACCAUUAUGAAAAUGUUUUUAUUUUUUUAACAUAUGCCUGCUAAUGAUGCUUUUAAUAUAUAAAUUGAGACCAAUACAAUGGAAAUGUCUGUCAGAGACAAUAUGAUAAUUAGGCAUCUUUAUUUUAAACAGAGGUUGGUUGUAAACAUUAUGGCAUUCUAAAGUGAUAUUUAGAAAGAAUAAAGGGGCCAUGGUCAUUUCAGUCCUACUUUGGUCACUGUAGCAAAUUUAGAAUGCUAUUUCAAGUCAGAGAGAUUUGACAUGGACAGUGAAAGGUUUGAAGUUGUUAGAUCAGGAGGAAAUUCCCUACUUUUCAGUUAGGCAACAAUGAAAAAGAAACAAAUCAGUUCUUUUUGCAACAAGAUUAUUCAUUCUCAUCAGCAUUCCAAUGGAGAAAAAUGAUGAUAGUUUUGUGUGGGUACAGAAGAUGGUAACCACUUUGUUGAGGGAUACGUUUCUACUCCAGGUAGCAGUGUAGAGAAAUGUAGGCAGCUAUGUACAUAAUGAAUUGUCUACUUGGAAAAAUUUGGUACAAUUUGUUCUACUGUAUCACUAUCAAUUUGUGUAACAGCCAUUGUUGUCUUCCCCAGCCAUCUUGUUUCCUCUUUGGUUUUUUCUUAUUAUCUCUUGUAAUUGCCUUUCAAAGAAUAUAUUUUGCUGAUUAUAUUUAAUGAUAAAACUCUGUGACAGUCAAAGUCCAUCAAAUAAUUUGACUUCAGGUAUGUCUCUUGAACCCUUUCACUCUCAAGAUCUCCUUAGUAAAUUUCCUUACUGUCCUCCAUACAAUUCUUAUGAUGUUAGUUUGGAGAAUAUGGUAUUGGAUCAACUACAGAAGUAAUUGUCAAUUGAUAUUUCUCUUUAUUCUCAUCACUUGUCUGCUAGAUAUUGUAUUGAUAUUGUAAGGAGAAAUUCUGUCUUGGUCACUCAUGACAGUUAAAGGGGUUGAAAGGAAGAUUUUCUCACUGUUUCCUUUCAGCUUCCAAAAGCAAAUCUAAGAGAAAGUUGUCUACAACUCUGAAACCCUUCAGCAUGAUGAAGACAAAAUCAGAAUCCAAUCUUGCCCAGCGAUUCGACUUUGUGGCUGUGGAUAUUCCUCUGGAUGGUGAGCCAGAGCAGGAGAAGGAUAAGGAAAAUGAAACACAGACAACAGAGGAUAAGAAAGAUGAGCCAAUUAAGCAGGAUGAAGCACCUCCUCAUUUCGGUCAAAGAGGAAGGCGGCCAAGUGUUUUUGAAGAGGGUCUAAAAGAAUUUUAUGAUUCAACCACGACUGGAGAGAAGGUUGAAGCUAAGGAAUCAAAGGUUCCAGAGAUCACUCUGGAGGAUCUUGAUGCUGUUUCAGGACAGACAACAGAGUAAGUACAAAUUAACCUUUUAAAACUCAAGAUCUGAUUGUUAAUUCUCUCCUCCAGCUGCUACACAUUUUCCUUUAAAUUAGUUACAAGAAUUUGGUUAUAGAUCAAGAUACCAAUUUCCACCUGAUAGGUUUGAGGAUUCUCAUUACCUGUUUGCUAGACAACAUCUUUAUAUUACAAGGAGAGGUUACAUGUUAAUCACUUUUGGUAGCUUAAGUGUUGUAAAGAAAUGUUGUAUAAAGUUUCUAAAGGCGAGGUUUGCUGCCGAAAAGAAGACAAUCCUGAGUGUCAGCUAUUGGGGUUUGAAGAAAUUGGCAUUGGCUGGCUAUUACAGUUUUUUAUGAAACCCUGAAAAAUACAAAAAUAGUAUUAUCUGUGAUGUUGUGUCCUAGGAAACUGACAUCUUUAGCAGGGGACAGAAUGAAGAUUAGACCUAAGCGUCACCACAGAUCAACAACAAAUCCAGUGAAAAACCUACAGCAGAGAAAUGAUGUGCGAACAGAGACUGAGGUAAAGUACUGGCACAUGUAUUUGGCCUUGCUCACUUUUGAAUUCUCUGUGGUUCAGUGGUAGAACAACAGAGCACAAAAUUAAUAGUGGUCAAUUGUCCGCUGUAUUAUUUAUCAUUUACAAAAAUUUCAAAGAGUGAUCUUUUUAAGAGUGCUGUCAAUGAAUGUUGCUGGAGGCUUUUUAUUAUCUGUGUUUACCAAUCAACUUGAAGCUUCAACAUCCCCUCCCCCCUCUGGGAAAUCCAUGGGCAUUUUCUGUAGUCCAUGCCUGGGGGAAGGGAGGUGGGAAAUUUGAACCUUGCCUGGCUGGGGUGAGGAAUUUGAACUGAGAGUGUCAAGUUUUUUCAGCAGAAUACUAGUGUUGUAUCUUGAACUAUCUUAUGGUAAAUAGUUUACUUUUGGGAGCAAAUGCUCAGUAGAAACGGUCUACAAGAUGUAGGUUGUAAAGUUUGGUCAAUAUGUAGAAAGUCACAGUGGCUAAAAUUGGGGAGGGCAUUUGAAGACAGCUUUUUCCCUGGCAAAGGUGGAGGGGGGGGGGCAGAAUUUGAACAAACCAGUCCUCAAAAGUUCAAAUGCCCAGGGGGCUGGUGGAGAGGGGGGGGAAUUGAAGCUUUGAAUUGAUCAACACAUGAGAGAAGGUCAUUUGAUGAUGAUGAUGAUAAUAAUAAUAAUAAUAAUAAUAAUAAUAAUAAUAAUAGUUAUAAUAAUCACAAUUAUUGUAGCACUUGGAUAGAAUCAGUUCUUUUAACUCGCAGGUUGAGCGACCGAGAAUAGAAAAGAAACAGGUCACAAGUGAGCAUCCUGUCAUCAAGAGAAAGAAGAAGAAAUACAAAGAUCCUGACAACCUGUGUAUGUCCUUUUUUCCUUCUAGCUGUCGAAGCACAUUGCAAAUUUCCACUUCUUUGUAGCCUUUUAGGAAACUUGUCUGCCUUUUAUCCUUGUGGAUAUUCAUAACAUAGUAAUGUGGAGAGUCAAUUUGCAAAUUUUGUGGCGGUGGAAUGGCCUUAGGAGUUUGGGGAAAACAUGUAUCAUGGCACAGAUGGCAUGACCCAUUGUUAAAUAUGGCAGAUUAAUUUUGGAAGGCUUAGUUGGAUAUGAAGGCCAUCUUUAGUGUCAAAUAUUAUGGUAGUGCUCACUUGUCAUCCCAUUUCAUCUCAUCUCAUUUCAUCUCAUCCCAUUUCAUCUCAACCCAUUUCAUCUCGUCCCAUUUCAUCUCAUCUCAUUUCAUCUCAUCCUAUUUCAUCUCAUCCCAUUUCAUCUCAUCCCGUUUCAUCUUGUCUCAUUUUUUCUCUUCUAUUUACAUCUUAUCUCAUCUUUUCUCGUUUUAUCUUUCUCUUCUUAUCCUAUCUCAUCCCAUUUCAUCCCAUUUUGUCUCGUCUCAUUUCUUCGCAUAGGUAUCCGGUUAGAUCGCGCCAUGGUUGGAUCGCUCCCAGUUAGAUCGCUCCAACCAAAAGUUAGAUCGCGCCACUCGAAAGUUAGAUCGCUCCAUCAAAUAAGUUACUAUGCUAACAACAUAAGGUACUUCGCUCCAUGUUGUAAUGUGAAGUAUUACUUUCCAAUGAUCUUUAAAGUUUUAUAGGUGAUGAUGUGUCUUGUGACGAUUCGAGUACUUCGUCCACACUUUGUCCUUCAGAUUAGCCACUGAGCUACCGAUGUAUGAUGUAUAGCGAUGAUGGAAUACAUGAUCGUGGAAUAGAUUAUAACUUUAUUGUCUGAAGUGUAUUGAUCAUUCUAAUACCAAUACUGUCCAGUGUGGCCUUUUUUGCUGUUUGAUGUAAGGAAACUGAUAUCUGCCAUCUUUAAUUAAUAAAUUAGAUUACACUUCGUGAGUCCCUUACAUGAGGCUUCAUUUGUUUUUUCUGCGUAGCUCGGAUUUUUUUCAAGCGCGCGCCAGCGAUUUUAAUCGAUUGUUAGGUAAGAUAUACACGUCAUUUAAUGAAUUAUCAAUUUAGAUACCUUAGUUUUGCUACCUUAACCUUAGUUUUCGACAUGGAGCGAAGUAAAUUAUGUAGGAGCGAAGCCACUUACUUGAUGGAGCGAUCUAACUUGCGAGUGGAGCGAUCUAACCAUGGUGCGAUCUAACUGUAAUUCAUCACAUCAUAUCACUUCACAUAACUCUACUUUCACAUAACAUAAAAAAAACUUGCACCAACAGUACAUUUGUAUGAUGUUCUCUUGUCUACUUACAGGGAGGCGUCACACUCUCGACUUGGCGGCAUCAGCAUUAGCUGGUCUGGCCAGCACUGAAGAUUUCACUAAAGUCAGAUUGCGUAAAACUGCUGGGCCUGAAGAGAAGGAAAAGGAUGAGUACAGAGGAAUAAAACCUAUUAUGCUGAUCCACAUAAAAGGUAAAUAAAAAAAUCUAUGGAUUUGGAAAGUCACAAGAGUUUUUAACCCUUUAAUCCCUAAGAUUGACAAGGUUCUAAUUUCCUUUACAGUAUCACCCCAGAAUAAAAGGUUUAAGUCAUGAGAAUAAAGGAAUGAUCAGUAAGCAACGAAGCUCUUGAUGGUUUUACAAAUUCUCCCUGUUAGAACCUUGGAAAUGUAUAGAGAACAGUAUGGAGAAUAUGCAUGGUGAUGCCAGGGUGUAAAGGGUUAAUUGUGAGGGAAUAUAUGACAGGAGUUACAUACAUGUGGGAGAGACAGUGGCCUGAUGGUCAGUGCACUGGACUCCGGGUCGAGAGGUCUGGGUUCAAGACUUGGCCAGGUUACUGUGUUGUGCUCUUUGGCAAGACACUUUUACUUUCCCCAUGUCUCUCUCCACCCAGGAAGGAGUUUAAAUGGGUACUGAAGAAUUGUCAGGGAAGCCUGAUGAAAUACUAUGGGGUAACCUUGUGAUAGACUGGCAUCCCAUCCAGGGGGGAGUAGUUACACUCCUUGUCGCUUGAUGCUUUAUGGAAACUGGGAAAAGCUCCGGCUACGUGGGCCAGAAGACUUGAGUACAGACUUUAUCUUUACUUUUACAUGCAAAAGUUCUGUGUGACGAGUGCUUAGGCGCGAAACUCAGAGUCACAGAGAAUCGAUGCGUCCUCUUUAAUUCUUUAACUGAUUUAUACUUAGCUUUGCUACCACAGCAUUGAGCACUUUAUGCUAAAGUAGACUCUACCCCCACUUUCAUUUAUGCUUUUACAUACAUUAAAGUUGAGCCCUUUGUAUUUUGUGUACAGGACGGCGUCAUCUUCAAGUACGUCUCGUUGAACCAAGUCUAAAGUCCUUAAAUUCUGGAGACUGUUUUGCUCUUGUGACAGAAAAGGAUCUGUUUUCCUGGAUUGGAAGGGAAUCCAAUCCGUAUGAAAAAGCCAAGGUUUGUAAAUACAUGUACUUCUGUAGGAAUUGCUACAUGCCGUUUUUUCUAUUUCUACCUUCACCCCUAUAUCUAUCAUUGCUGAUACAACAAUCGUUACUGAUGCUACUGCCACCACGAUUGCUGUUUCUGCUGCUAGUUCUGCUAAUCCUGUUUCUCUUGCAACUAAUACUGCUACUGAUGUUAAUUCUUCCUCUUUUUUUGCUCUUUUGCUUCUUCUGCUUCUUCAUUGCUUUGGUUUUCUGAUAUUGCUUGUCUUGUUUCUUCUAUUACUUCUGCCACCACUACCACCUCUGUGUCUGCUUCUGCUUCUUCUGCUACUCCUGCUCAGUUUCUGCCACCACCCCUGAUACUGUAUUUGUAGAUCUCAUUUUGGAUUGUAGGUCUUAAAUAAUAAUUUUGACUUUUCCGUAGGUGACAGAAAUUGUCUCCAAGAUUAAAACAAAGAAUGAAUUGAACUGUAAGGCGCGAGACAUUGUCACCAUUGAAGAAGGAGACAUGGACUUCAACGCUGCCUUGGACAAGUUUGCAAACAUUCUGAGUGGAGAUCCUGGAAGUAAUCCUGUUAAAGGUUGGCUAACAUUUGUAUCACCUUUAACCCUUUACAUCCGAUCAUCAGUACAGGGCGUGAAAUUAACUUUUUUUUCUGAUAGCCACUUGGCUCCUAAAUUCUUCAAAGUGGUAGCCAAUUCAAAAAAAGUUGGUCGCCAUUUUCAAAGACAAACAAAAUCUUUCUUUACGCUGUCAGUGUUCUAGAUAGACCCUCCAAAAUUAAGUUAGGGAAAAGAUCUUUAACGUGCUACAAAGUGGAAACUAGGAUGGAUGAUAUACAACGUUCAGGCUCAUCUAAAUCCAAGAUGGCGUCUAGUUAUCGAUCGAGAUGCAUGUGCUACGUUUUGGAAACAAAGUUAACGAGGAAGUUUGCCGCGGAUUUAUCUUUGCAAAUCUUUUUAAUUCACUACAUCUCUUGGUAAGGUUAUGAUGAAACGUUCUAGUCGCCAAUUUGGCGACUAACUUUCAGGAUUUGGUCGCCAAAGUGAAAAAUUUAGGCGCAUUGGCGCCUGUAUUAGGCGCAAUUUCACGCCCUGACUGAGUAUGUCCUCUAUACAUUUUCUGAGGUGCUAACAAGGAGAAUUUGUUUAACAAUCAAGAGCUUCUUUAGUUGGUGAUCAUUUUCUUAAUUCUUGUGACCUUACUGUGUGAUUUAGGGCUGAUAUUGUAAGGAGAAAUUAGACGCUAGUCACUCUAAGGGAUGACUGGGUUAAAACUUGCUUACAAGUACCUCCUGACUGAAACAAGAGAUCCUACAAAGUGCCAUUUGUAUGUUUAACCUUUUGACUCCUAAGAGUGACUAUCACAGGAUCACCCCUGGAUCACAUGUCAACAUCACGAGAAUAAAGGAAAUGAUCACCAACUAAAGAGGCUCUUGAUUGUUAAACAAAUUCUCCCUGUCAGCGUCAUAGGAAAUGUAUAGAGAACUUUUAAGAGAAUAUGCAUACUGAUGUUUGAGUGAAGCAGAUUAAUUGCCAUGAUACCAAAUGUUUCGCGAAUGAUUACCUCAGCUUGAAUUAAGAGUGGUGUCCAAACCAAUCAAUACCCUCUAUGGACAAACAGUUCCCUUUAGUUGACACUAAGUCAUUUUCCCAGCUCUGUAAUUUUCCUUUGCCAAGGGUUUUUUUUAAUAAUGCUGGCAGAACCGAGUGGAGUUAUCGCAAUGAGAAGUUUCAACCUGUCGACCCCUCGGAGUGACUUGCUUCUUAUUUCUCCUCUUCAGUUUCACCCUUGCAUCAAAUGUAAAGGAAAAUAUCAUAAAUUUAGGAAGAUUCUCAUCGUCAAACAAAUUUUCAUGGUCACUGUUAUAGGGAAUGGAAAGUGAAUCGUGUCGAGAAAAUCAAUACCAAUGAUAAGGGUAUAGGGUUUAUCUCAAGUGAAAUCUGUAAUUUACAAUAUGAAUUUUCUAUAUGCUGAAUGGAAUGCAGAGGUUCACAGUCAGCACUAUUAUAUUUUGUUUAGUCUACACUAAAAUUCAGUCCCCACUUAUCCUCAUAUAGAUGCUCAAAAAAUGGCGAAAGAUGAAGAAUACGAGAAGGGUAUAGUUAAAGGCAACAUGGUUUAUAAAAUUCAUUGGACAGAUCCUCCAACUCUGAUGCCAGUAGAGACUAUGUGUGGACGAAUUCCUCAGGUCUCCAUUUUUGACACUAAAGAGGUAAUUACAUUUUAUUAGUAAAGCUUUCUGCUUUUUGCUGGUGACCAAUUAUUUGAUCAUCUGUGAAUCGUGUUCACGUUGGAAAUCUUGUUUCUGUGUUUUAAAACACUGAGUCGAGGGUGACAAUCUCUAACGCAGUGGUCAAGCGUCCGCGCAUGAGCGAACGUCGGAAUGACCAGCUGCCAGUAGUUGGCGUGCAUUGAGGCUGUCACAACCUAGAUGUUACAGAUAAUAGUAUAAGCCAGUUAGUCACGGUGUUGAAAGCGAACAUCACAAAGAAUAGUAAAUCAAUAGGAUAUCUGUACUUGAAAGAGCUUUGCGUUUGGAAAGUCAUCAGCUUUCCUUCCUUUAACUCUUGUAAGGCAAUUUAGCGCGCCACCCACCACCCUUCAUGGCACAUGAAGCCUAUACAACAUUCACCCAUGCACAGACGUUCGACCGCUGUGUUGCCUAAAUUGCAUUCGGCUACACUUUUUCUCUCACAGUCCUAGUCAACACAUUUUGUUUUUAUUCAGGUUUUCAUAUUUGACUUUGGUUCAGAACUGUACGUUUGGAAUGGACAACAAUCGUUAUCAGGUCAAAGAAAGUCGGCCUUCGCUCUGGCAAAACAACUAUAUGAAGAGCCUUUUAAACCGUAUGGAAAAAAUUAUGAUCCAAUCUACCCGUAUGGCAAACCCGAAAAUUGCACCGAAGUAGACAAUAAAGUUUCAACUGGCAGACCACCGUGGACGUUAUUUGCAAGGCUUCACGAAAAGGCUGAGACAAUCUUGUUUCGAGAGAAGUUCCUCGACUGGCCUGAUCCAACCAAGAUUAUUCGAAUGAAGGGACAUCCUAGUACGCUUGAACUAGCACCAACGGUACAGUGAAUUUUGAUUACUGCUUAUCAUUAGGGACCAGAAGUUCACUUCUGUUAUGGUUGUUUUGGUUAUUGCUAACCCUUUAAACCUCAAGGGUGACUAGCAUCUAAUUUCUCCCUACAGUAUGCUUCCUGAAUUGCACAUUUAGGUCAUGAAAAUGAAGGAAAUGAUCACCAGGAAAGGAACCUUUUGAUUGGCCAACAAAUUCUCCUUGUCAGCACCUUAGGAAAUGUAUAAAGAACAGUAUGGAGAAUAUGCAUACUGAUGUUAGGGUGUAAAGGGUUAAGAGAGAAAAAGGUCAAAGGGUCCUGUAGAGAGUUAAACUAAAGACGAUGGUAAAUUUUAAGCUUGGUCUUCAAAGCAGAUUGUUGUUUAAAAGUGAAUUGGUUGCGCAAAAAUUCCUUUGUGUCCUCGUCUCGAGCGUUUAAAAACUCGACUCGUGCCUCGAGUUUUCGAGGAUCGAGAUCGAGUUUCGAGGGACUGUCAACUUACUUUUGAGCGGUACUUUAAAUUUCAGUGUGUAAAACAUGCACAACACGAAAGACACGGAACAGUGUUGACAGUUUGAGAGUGAGCUUUGUUCGUGAACAGUGAUAUGUUGGUUUUCUCCAUGACCUUUAGCCUCCUCCUGUGGAACUGAAGCCCUGUGACCCUAAGAGCAUGCUGAAAAGUCCACCGCCAUUGCCAAGCCAGAUGUUUGAAGGGACGAAUGUUGGACGUGGCAAUGGGAUUCCUACUGUGUGGGUGGGUGACGUUUACAAGGAAGGAAACCUUGUGACAACCGCCGGUCUAACAGUGUGGCAUAUUAACGAGUACAGACACUUUGAGGUACAGCCAGCACAACAUGGACAUUUCCACUCAGGUAAACACAUCAAUGCUGAUAGUGUUAUUUAUUCUUGUAUGAUUGAUUCAUACAAGAAUAAAUAACUUGAUUCUUGUUUAGAAAGUGGUUGGUGCACGGGGUAGGGAGGACUGAGUUCGAGCCAUUGCCGAGUCUCUGUACCAUUGUCUGGGGCAAAACACGUCAAUAACUGAGUGCCUUUCUCCACGCUGGAGUUUAAACCUUCCGAGUGUCUGGCUUGUAAUUUCUCCUUAGAUUAUCACUUUUAAAUCAAAUGUAAAGUUCAUGAGAAUAACAGAAAUGAUCACAAAUUUAAGAAGCUCCUGAUUGUCAAACAAAUUCUUCUAGUGAGUACCACAGAAGAAGUAAAGAGAACAGUGGGGAGAAAAUGGAUGCUAAUUUAAGGAUGGAAAAGGUUAAAUAGGUUGCUUGUGAAAUGUUAGGAAAACUCGACAUAAUGCCCAUGGAGGGGGGGGGGAUUUCAAUGGAUUAGCUGAGAGCAGACCUCCAUUCAAUGUCUUUAAGACGUUACUUUAAUGUAGUAUUUUGAUGUUGCAGGGGAAGGCUACGUGAUCAGGUGGGCCUACUUUGUGCUCGCCGACAGAAUAGUCAAAGAUCGGAAGUCCCGUUGUCGUUCAACCGUUGCUGGGCGCGUCCGCUGCGCUUACUUUUUCUGGCAAGGAAAUGACUGUUCUGUGAAUGAGAAGGGUGCAGCUGCCAUCAUGGCUGUAGAACUUGAUGAAGAAAAAGGACCGCAGGUAACGAUAUGAAAUUUGUAUUGAAAGCCUUAUCCUGAAGUAGUUUGUGUGUGCUAUCCUGUCUUUGUUUGCCUUCUUGCUUGCCUAGUUCUAUCGCCUUUUCGUCUGUCAGUCAGUAUCUUCUUUUGGCUGUUUUGUCUUUUUUUUUAUUUCUUUCGAUUGGUUAGUUUUACCUCGAUGUUAUCUUUACAGGUAAGAGUGGUGCAAGGAAAGGAAACUCCAGUAUUUCUAAAUCUCUUCAAAGGGGGAAUGAUUAUCCAUACUGGCAGGUACACAGUUUGUGAACAUCUAGUUUUGACCAGCCUGUAGUAUUUGAUUAUCAUUUAUAUUUGAUCUUGAGCUAAGAUAUGUUCGAUUGAUUGUCUUCUCUGUGGAAAAAAAAUCACUCUCGCAGCGCCUCUCUUCACAGAAGAGUAAAAAUUGAAAAGGAAACGCGAAAAUUAUCCGAGGUGGGAUGAUGAAGGGAGUAUCUUAGGAUGGAUUAGCUGCCUGUCUUAAAGGAGUAGCAAUAAUUUUACUCACUUUAUUCUAUGGACACCGGGAUAAGCUUCAGCGGUUUGAGCCAUAAAGCUCAUGCGCAGAAGUCGUCUUUGAAUAAUGAAUCUGUAUUUCAGAUAUUUCCUCAAAAAUGUCCUUCACUGGUCAAAUUUUCAGCAACCCGCUGUCCAUUACACCAACACAAUGCAUGAAUAUUGGACGUCAAUUUUAUCAUUUCGUUGCAAUCAAACAGCAGAAAUUCAUGUUGGAUGUUCUCAAUCACGCUACCACGAACACAGCAUUCGAGUGUGUUGAUUCACUGGUAAACUGUAUCAUCAGGAGUCGAAAUUAUUCACGUAUUCGUUGCAUGUGUACAUUAUAUAUGUCCAUAUAUCAUUUAUCGCGAUUUAAUUUGAAUCGAAGUGCAGUUAGGGUACUUGACUCGAGAACAGAAGCAUCUCUCAUUCUGUGUGAAUAAAAGAGCCGAUGAAAACUCGUGUUGAGACCAGCUUGCGAGCAAGCCUCAUUCUUAGCGCUGCAGGACGCGCGUUUCUCCUCUGCGGAAAGAGCACAGACGAGUCGGGGAGAGGUUUGCGUGGCUCAAGGCGUUGUACUCUCGCGCAGGCGAGGAAGUGCUCGCGCUGAAGCCCCAAUAACGAGGGCCUGUUGAUAUUGGUUUCGGUGCGCGAAAUGCGAGUGAUCAAGUCGCGAUUAGUUUUUUCAUUUUUGCAUCCAAUCGGCUGAGAAAGUGGGUCGAGUUUUUCGACCAAUCAGAGAGCGAAGUAUAGCAAACUGACAAGACAAUUUCGGAUUGCCUUCAAAUGCUCACUUAUAAAUUGCUGUAUCACGCUAGAACAAAUCAUUUUCUAAGCAGGCAGCCAUACUAAACUUGCAAUGGGAGAUGCUUUUUUCUCAGGCCAAAUAAAUGUUUAUCAGUGAUCGUGAUAAUGAACAGUUUAAAGGAACGAUGUGUCUAACAUUUUUUAGAUAAUCUACCGAUCCAAAAAAACACAGAGAAGAAUGGUCUAAACUCUGAAAAUGAAGAUGGGAGAAAAGCUGAGCUACUUUUUGACAAAUACUAUUGUUUAUGUGAAAUUUCACUUCACUAAUUCUUUUAUUAACAGCUUACCCAAGGGCUGGUAUGACACAGAGACGUAAGUUUAGUUCUGAUUUUCUAACAAUAAUAUCCGCGUAAGUAAUUAUUUUAAACAAUAUCUUGGCAGGAAAACUUCCCCUACCUGAACCAACUUUAAUUUCUUCGUUAGAGCAGUUUUUAAUUGGGUGUAGUGAAACCAGAACCAAAAUAAUCAAAGUGACCAAUUGGAACAAAGGUUUACAUUAUCAUUAACCAAUGAGAGCUCUAAGUGAAAACUUGUCAACUGCUUGAAGCGCGGGAAAACGCGAACGGCCGGGUCGCGGUUGUUUUUUUAGUUUGCAUCUGAUUGGUUGAGAGGAUGGUGCGAAUCAAGUUAAGGAUGGCGCGAGCAAAGUUGAGCGAAACGAAAGCAAUCACGGGUUACUUUUGACACCCAGUAGAAAAUUGCUCUGCUUUAAUUAAAACUCUUUUUUGACGAGGGCGUUACUGACUGGCUUAAAACUCUAACUUGCCUUGAAAAGAAAGAACCAAGUCCUGAAUUAACAGUAAAAUCAUAUGGCGCGCCUUUCCAGUCAAUAUUCAAACAACCUUAAUAUACAAUACAUCCAUUACAUUUCUUUGCCAUAUUUUUUAUUUCCUUUCUGUAGCUGUUUCAUUUUGCUUCUUUAUUUUUCAUUUUGCUUCUAUAUUUUUUAUAUCUCUUCCUAUUAUUUUAUAUAUACGUGUUUAGCUCAUCUUUUUUUUAUUUUGUACUCUUUAUCUUAUAUGCGUUCUAUAUUUUUUAUAUUUAUUCCAUUUUUUUUUUUGUUUCGAGAGGAUUUUUUAUUUUCUUUCUAAUUAGUAUGCAACACGUGAUCACAUGAACGCGAUGCACUUUUCCGACAAUUUCAAAAGCAAAAUGGCGGAUGGAACUUUAAGAGGUGGCAACGAGAGAGGCCUUUACAACUUCGUCGAGUCUCUUCGUACCCUGUUGAUUGGUAUUCAGAAUUUGAACACACAAGAUGUCUCCGCUGAUUACUUUGAACUAACGUGCGUCUGGAAGAUGCAAUUUUAACUUUACAGUUGCUAUUGCAUAGUGUAUGGCAAAGUGAGGACUCUGUCCUUCGAGAUUUCAAGACAAUAAUAGAUGCUGUUUUGACAAAAGUACGCUUUGUUUUCCGUGCAAUGACAAAGUACGAGGAAAGAAAUUCCGUUGAAGCAACGAUAUCAAAUUCAUUCGCUUGUCCUACCACUAAACAAACAAGUGCAGGAAGACCAGUAAUCGUCAUCGAAAGAGAGCAGAUCGAAUUCUUACGCGAACUGCAUUUUCCUAGGUAAAAAUCGCUAGUUUGUUAGGUAUCAGUGAAAGUACUUUACGUCGAAGAAGACGGGAAUUAGAUUUGGAUGAUGACAGCGAAAACUGGACCGCAUUGUCAGGUGCGCAGUAAUUUACAGACUAAGGUUAUCUAUACUAGUAGCUUAUUUGGUUUAAUGCUUAUUAUCAGUGUGUUUGGACAAGGGUGAUAUAGUUUCGGGUAAAAUAAAUCUUUAAAAGCCAUACCCUUAGUCAAAAUAUUUUAGGUUCCCCAUCUCACUCAAUGAUGUACGACACUUCAAACUUUGUAAUUAAACUAGAACUUCUUUUCAGAUUCUCAGCUUGAAGACGCUGUCAAAGAAGUUAGAAGCAUUACUCCAAACAUUGGACAACGAAGAUUGCUUGGAGCUCUCCGAGCAAGGGGAUUUCGAAUCCAGCGAUGGAGGGUUCGUUACUGUCUUCGUAGAAAAGACCCGCUUGGGACAGCACUUCGCUGGAGUACUCCGGUUUACCGUCGAAAGUACUCUGUACCAACGCCAAACGCUUUGUGGCACAUAGACGGAAACCACAAGCUUACCAGGUACAGGUUUGUUGUGCAUUGCUGUGUUGAUGGGUAUUCAAGGGUUAUUGUGUAUGCCACCUAACUGAUAACAACCGAGCAGAUACAGUGUUGGAGCUCUUCAUCAAGGGAGUACAAAGUUUGGCUUACCUUCAAGAGUAAGAAGCGAUCAUGGACUGGAAAAUGUUAGAGUGGCACAGUACAUGUUGGAAAAUAGAGGACUAAACAGAGGAAGUAUCAUAACGGGAAGCUCUGUCCACAACAGCCGCGUUGAGCGUGCUCACAAGGAUGUUUACGCUGGUGUCCUUUGUCACUUUGCCAAUAUCUUUAGUGGAAUGGAAGACAUGGGUCUUCUUGACCCGUUAAAUGAAGUACAUUUAUUUUCAUUGCACUUUGUAUAAUACCAAGAAUAAAUAGGGCGUUGCAACACUUUACUAGUCAAUGGAACAAUCACCCUGUCUCCAGUGAACAUCAAUUAUCUCCCCUACAAAUUUUUGCCUCUGGGAUUUUGGAAAACAUGCACUCUGGAUACUCUGGAGUUGAGAGUAUUCUACAUCCAAAUGAAAUUCCAUUGUAUGGGUUUGAUCCAGAUGGACCUAUCCCGUUAGACGACGACGAUUACCAGGUCUCAAUACCAGCAGUUGAUGUUCACCUCACACCACAACAACUGCAUAUCUUGGAAGUCUCCUGUCAUCCUUUGAAUGACGAUGGUGAACAUGGUAGAACUCAAUAUUUGAGAUGCAUAGACAUCCUCAGGAAUCAGUUCAACAUAUAAGAAACUUGGCUGGUAACUAUCUUUCAAAACAGGUGUUCCCAGCAUUCAAUUAACCUGAAAUUCAUUGUUUAGAGAGUGAAAACAGGGCCAAGAGAAUUAAGAUCAAUUAACGCCUAUCAAACAGGUACCACUAUUACAGAUUGAAAACGUAAACAGUGUUAAAUUUAUUAAUUGCCUUCAAAUUGUAUCAAUCAGAAUAGAACAACGAAUGCAACUUAACCUUUACAGCAGUCAAGAAAAAAUACAUUAAAAUCUCAACAAUAAAGUUCUAAACAACUGCGCUCACUUGAAAAUGUCAACUUUGAACAGAUAACAAUAUAUUAGCUAACGAUUUCCCAGUUUGAUUUACUGGAAAAUAAUAUGUGCACUGUUGUUAGAUGUUUUAAAAUCGUAAAUACCCAUCCAAGGUAGAAAACAUAAUUUCACUACAAAAAUGAAUUAACAGUCUGUUCUAUCAGCUUGCCAUCAUAAUGGUCUUCUUUUUGUCACAAGGCAUAUUACACAAUAUCCAUUUCCCAAUAAUCUGAUGCAAGUAUUGCACUGAACUCCUCUCUAAGUUCAGGAAAUGACUGAUAAGUCGAGGAUAGCUCCAACACAGUAUUACAAGUGUGGGCAAUUGGUCGGCGACCCAAACCAGAUAAGUUGGUAAAAUUUACUUGGACUGCAUCAAAAAGCAUUAACUCAGACCCACUGAUAAACCUUACAAACUUUGAUAAUUUCUGAGGCGUGUCAAGGCCCUUAAUAUACCGUUUGAGAAACUUAAGGCUAUCCCUUUCCCCAUCACUCUCAGGGUUUGCCUCUAGGCAACUAAGGAUUUUGCUUGUGGAUGGUAUUAACAAUUCAUACCUUUUGGAAAUUGCUGCAAAAUCAGGAAAACUAGGAAGGAGUGUGGAAACUAUAUCCUUCCAGCAGUCUGCAAUAUACUGUGGCUUCUGCUGCAGCAGCUCCUUAUGGGCUAUUUCUUCAAUAACUUGAAUAAUAUUCUCAGAAUUUACCAUAAUUCGACAGUCAUAGUUACUAAAAACUUCUAAAAGCUGGGACAUUUCAUCUUCAUCAUCCCACUUCAUAUCACCAGCAAGGCACUUGUCAAUCAAACAUUUUUCAUCAAAUGAAAUGUAAUUUCUAAAGGAUUGACUCAGCAUAGCACUAGUUACAGCAGAUUCCCCCCAAAAAAGACAGGAAAGGAAUGUUUGAGACAGAAGGACUGGUAGGUAUUGACAGGUUAAAUAUCCUUUCACCAAAAUUCUGCCAACAGCAACCCAUUCAUCCCUUUGAUAAUCAUGUCUUACAAAUGGUACACGCUCAUUUUCUCCAACAAAAAGGGAAUCAUAUGUUUCUUUCCAAAAAAGAGAGAAAACAUCUCUGAGCAACCCAACACCUCUGCCCACUUCUUCAACUCCCCUGGCAUCAAUAACAAUUAUCUCUAUGUCCUGACUCAUAAUCUCAGAAUAAGUCAAUCAAAUCCUUCUUAAUAUUUAGCCUGUGCACUUGGAUGAUACGUUUUGUUAACAGUUGAGGUACAGGUACUGAUACAGACACAGGUACAUGCUCAGAUGAUGCAUGAACAAUAUCAGAGUUACUGCCUGUCUCUACAUCAUUUAACUCUGUAUUUUGAUGUGAUGUUUCUGCUUCAGUUGGAAAUGGUACACAAUAAGGUUGUGCAGCAUCCUGGCAGGGGUGGGACACAGCUGCAUCUGGCCUCCCUUCACUCUCCCCAAAUGAAAGCAACAGAGAGCUUCUUUGUGCUCCACUAACACUAAAAGGAAAUAUCAACUUGUUACAAACCAUAAAAAAAGGGAACUAAUUGGCAAUGAUGUAACAGACUAUGAAGGUUCAUCUUUAUACAAAUAUCACAAUCACAUGGAGUUGCAAUAAACCACAUUAAUUUAUGUCCUGUCCUGCCAAACAAUUGAAUAAAGAUCUGAGCAAACAAAUAAAUAAAUAAAUAACCAAUAAAAUAAAUAAAUACACAAAUCUGUUUGGAGACAAACUAGAUAAUAUUUCCAACAAAAAGCCAUUGUCAUGCCUAGUAGCAUGAUCUGGGAUGCCAGUCUAUCAUAUAUAAGAUGAUUCCACUGCAACGGGAAGCUACCUUUGCAGUGUGGCAAAAAAGCUAAAAGAAAUCUAUACAGGUUUUAUCUUCAAUGCAAAAAUUCACAAGAAAAAGUUCACCUUGGACUGUUAUCUAAUGCUGAAUUCUCUAGCUCCUCUUCAGUUUCUCUCUCAUCUUCAGAUUCCAAAGGCACCAGUGAUCUAACAUAAACAGUUCCUUGACCAGCCAUCCUGGUCACUCUUUCUGCAUCCAGAGUUAUGCCUUCUGCCAGCUUAGGAGUUAUUAGCUUUCCAUAGCAUGGCUAGGUUAAGAAAAACACACAUUACUUGCACGCUUCUUGCAAAAGUUAAGGGUAAAUCUAAUGAAAGAUUAGUUAAGUUAAACUUAUAUCACAAGGAAGGAGAGAGGGGUGGGGGUGGGGCAGUACCAGAGGAAAUCUAAAAUAACCCAACAAAUUCUGCCAAAAAUUCGAAGUCCAUUACUCGCGUCACUGCAGGUAUCCUCUUAUGUGGUUAAAUUUUUGGCAAAAUAGUAUAAAUGCGUAUUUAAAAAUAGUGCAGCCACAAAAAAUGUACAAACUGAACAGCAAUGAUAUUAUUAAAGCAUUAAACGUAGAACAAUGUUUAAACUUAUAUCACAACGCAAAGUUACCCACCUUGACAUAUUCAAAUAGCAAAAGCUUUGGAAAUCGAUUCAAUAUAGCAGCUUUGAGGGAAUGUGCAUCCCAGCUCUUGUCAAAGGGAAACUCGUGGCAGACAAGUUCUCUCUCUUCUAACUGAAGUCGGGUUGUAUGUGUAGGCACUUUGUUGAUCUUGGGACUGGGAAUAAGGACUAGAUCCUUGUAAACAAGUGUCUUGGGUGGGCGGCCUUUGGUCGACUUAAUGGUCUGCUUUGACCUUGCUGGUCUUCUACUAGUGCUUUUCCCACUAGCUCGGUUCGAACCAAUUGUCGGAAAGAGAGUGGCAAGCUGAGCUUGAAUAGAACUGUUAGAGGCUGGCGACGUCGAGGACUGAAUGGCAAGUUCGCUCGACUGAAGUUCCUCGUUGUUUACCUUACGAUCCCCGUUGUUCGGCUGACUGACAGAGACUGACGUUGAAUUCAUCCGAGGUAUUACAUUUCUCGUAAAACCAGGUCUCAAAUUACUUAAAAUCUCUAAAGCAUCCGCGGCCGCACGACAGGCAGUCGAUAGCUCUUCCUCCAUAUAGCCGAACGCCAAAAUGGCGGAAUGUAAAAAGUGUAGCGUGGUAAUGUGAUCACGUGUUGCAUACUAAUUAGAAAGAAAAUAAAAAAUCCCACUCGGAACGAAAAAAAAAAAUGGAAUGAAUAUAAAAAAUAUAGAACGCAUAUAAGAUAAAGAGAAAAAAUAGAAAAUAGAUGCGUUAAACACGUGUAUCUAAAUUGAUAGGAAGAGAUUUAAAAAAUAUAGAAGGAAAAUGAGAAAUAAAGUAGCGAAAAAAAUAUAUCUACAUAAAGGAAAUAAAAAAUAUGGCAAAGGAAUGUAAUGGAUGUAUUGUAUAUUAAGGUUGUUUGAAUAUUGACCGGAAAGGCGCGCCAUAAAAUCACGUAACAGUAAAAAUGUAGCGUAAUUUGGCGGGCGAGUGCUCAUUAUUUUCUCGGCGAAAAUUAUGACCGCCAUCUUUGAUUUUAAUGGAAGCGGAUGGCUGACGGAGAUAAAGAAAUUUUUCCUAAGGGGUGAGCGACAGUAAAGAAACAAGGAGGGGGGUGGGGGUGGGAGAGUUUUUUCGCUUUUCCCCGCUCGUCUCCCCCUCCCCCCCACUGUGGACUAUAACUCCAAAUCAAACAUGGCUGGUUGCAUAAAAGAUGGUUCGCUUCUUAGCGUUAAUUCACCCUAUUAAGACGCCUGCACUGCAAGCUCAUGAAAAUUUUAAUGUUAAAGACCAAACCCAUAAACCUCCUGAUGAAACCACAAUAAUCAAAAAUAAUUAUUUCAACAAGUAUGCUUUGGAGCGCAAAACAUCACGUUAACCUAUGAGAAGCAUAAUUGAAACGAAGUUUAAAGAAAAUAAUUUUCAUUUUUCCUGAAGUUAGUAUUAAAAUAAUUCAAAUUGUUAAUGGAAUUAACGUCUGAAAACUCAUUUGUCAAAUUUCAUAUUUACAUGAUUUCCUGUUCAUGAUUCCGCCUCACUGCCACUGCCACUGCCACUGUCACCCGCACAGUAUAUGUCGUUUUGUUUAGCAUUUCAUGUCUUCUCAGUGGACACUGUGUGGUCACUUACAUAAGGUUAUUGGGGCCCUUAAGCACCACGACGACGAUGCCGACGAACGAUAGGCCUGUUGGUUGUCACACAACGCCCCUCUCCUCUGAGAGGGGGCGUUGCGUGACACCCUAAAGAACAACUGCGAAGGAGAUUAGUGAUGGAUUCAACGUGUUUUCAGUUUAAAACGCCGCGCGACCUCAUCAUCAGCAUAACAUGCGAUGGUAGCCCUUGGUUUCAAAAAAUUUUGAAUAAUUUGCCGUCGCGGAUCCCGCCUCUAGACUUCGCUAAUGUGAUAAUUUUACGCUGUUGUUUAGCAGAGGACGGCAAGCAAAUGUACGAACUUUAAAACUUUCGUGCUGCGCCAUGUAAGUGUUCCAAUGUUGUUUGGCCUCAUUCUUGUUGCCGUCGCCAUCGUGGUUUGCUUAAUGUCCCAACUGUAUAAGAUAGACUCCUUUGGUAGGACGACAGACUGAACUCAUAGGAUGCGCAAGUAACGCACAUACAGACCAUCGUUCCGUACACUCAGUUAUUCGGUCGUCACCAACCGCACAUAGACACCUUACGUAGACAAACAAGGGGUAGGGGUAGGGUGGCUGACACUUGGAGGGGUGAAGGUGUUUCAAAGUAGACACCGCCCUUAGUCAGGAGCAUAUCACGAGUGUGGUGGUUGGGCUCGUCUCUCUUGGUCCUUAGCUUAUCUCUUGCGGGAUGGCCGGUCGUUUGUGCUUAUGUCAGAGGUGUUGAAGAGCAAGCACAAAGAACAUUAACUGGUUCUCAUAACUUGAUACUUUCACUUGCUCAAUAGGAAAAACAUGGUAGACGAGAACACAGCGAAAUUCACAGGUAGGCUUAACUCAUUAACUUUGAGAGGAGAUUUACUCGUUACUUCCUCUCCUCUCAGUGAACAGGUUAAGAGAAUAUCCUUCGUCAUGUUAUCUUGAUGUAAAACUAAAUUUUCAAUAAUAACAAUAAUACUAUAACUCGCUUUCAUUUUCUUUCGUUUUCUGCCAGAUUCCUCUGAGACUCGUUUGUAUGUGAUUCGUAAUGAAGAACCUGGAGAGGCCUACCUGAAUCAAGUCAAAGCAAGGUAAAGGCUUACUGUGUUGUGAUCAUUUCACUGUUAGGCACAGUUUUAAUCUCCUCACGCGAUACGCUUGUCAUGCGGAAAGUUUGUCUUUUCACGCGUCUUGAAAUACUCUCUCUUGAUAUUUUGGAAUGUUUUCUCACAUAAAAUACAGCUUGUCCUACCAAACACGCAUAUCGCGCAACACGUUCUUCACGAAACGCGCUCGUUUUAGAUACUCCCAGGUGAUCAUUUGAUUAUUAUAUCGCAUGAACUACAGUUCUAGUCUCCUCACGCACCGCGCUUAUCGCUCAAAACGGUCGUCACACAACACGUUGGUCACGUAACACGCUCGUCUGGCUUGAAUACCUCAGAUGAGAGCUCUAAAGGAGACAAAGACGCAACUUUUAUUUUUUUCAUCUCAUAGUUCAUAUUCGCUGCGAUCAAGGACCAGUUUAGUUCUGGUGUCACGGCGUGAAGCUCACAUCUACUUGUGGCAUGGAUGUAAAUCCAGUGAAGAUUCCCGCGCCACAGCCAAAGCAGCUGCCAAGAAAGUCCAGGAAAGGUAAGGCAGAAGUAAACAGAUGCAAAACAGUUAUGGGACAGGGAGUGUUGUGGGAGAUUGGGCAUUGGGUUUGCUUUACCACGUUAAGGCAAUUUUCAGUUGAGUCUCAAAAGUAUUGUGGUGUUUUUCCUUCUGCGUUCUUUAAGUUUAAGUUCUUUUCUUGUUUGAGAAAACUCUCACUAUCCCUUAACCAUAAGAGAUGCAGAAGUAAUCCUACUUGCGACUUGGGUACUCUCGUUUUCCCUGGCUUCAUGCAGUUGACGCGUUUUUGCUCUAGUUCGUAUGGGCUCGUUUUGAUAUUUUCGUUCGUUAUCAUUGGCUGUUGUCACUGCGGUUUUGGUUGCCGUACAGUCGAAUUUACACUACCACGCUCUUUGAUUGGUCAGGCGAAUCCGGGCCGCCCUUUCAACCAAUCAGAUGCAGACUUAAAAGCCAUCGUGCCCAACUCACUCGCUUUUCUCGCCAUUGAGUUGUACUCGAUAUGUGUUUUUAGUUACGCCUUUUUGAUGUUCCAUUGCAGGAAGAGUGUUGAUUGCAAUAUGGCUGGGAUUACAGCCUUUUCUCUCAGUGAAAUCGAGGAAGGAAGCGAAACAGAAGAGUUUUGGAAAGUGAUUGGAGGAAAGAAGUACUACUGCAGUUUGGCGCAUGGUAUGUAACUGACCUUGUUCACUCGUCGUGCUUAUAGGCGCAGAACGGAUAAAUGAUACAUCAGCCCAUAUGAACGUGGAGUAGACAUCAUUAGAAAGUGCUUCUCAGGAGCUUUCAUGGACUAGAAACAAACAAGGGUUUCCAUCCGUAGCUUCCGUCUUAAGUUGGAAGAUUUCAUCCACAGACCUCAGCUAGAACAAACUUGUAAAGCAACGUCAUCACACCACGUGAAUACUGCUGAAAGGGUUUAUUUUUUUUACUGUGGGACUGUUCUAGUUUAGUGGAACCUAAUGUUUGACGAACAGGAAUAGAGUAAGGAAAGUUUUGGCUCAUCCUAGUCUUUUUCGGCUGCCAUUUUGGAAUGUUUUGCGGAGGGUAGCAUUGUGUGACGUCUGAAAAAAAUGAAUUAGGACAGGUUUCCUCUCGAUUCUUGCUCGACUACGGUGUGUUGUUAUGAGGAUUUGUUUACGUGUUUAUUUAAGAAAGAUUUUUUUUUGUCGUAGAUCCAUCCAAACACAACUACCAACCUCGACUUUUUGAACUAAGCAGUGCCACUGGAAAAUUCACAGCGAGUGAAGUUUUGUGUCCCUCACGAUCGGAACCAAAACUGUGCCCGUUUCCAUUCCUACAAGAAGACCUUUAUACGGCCAAUCAACCAGGUGCGGAAGCUAAGCAUAGUUGUUACAAAACUGCACAGGGUAAUCUCAAUGUAAGGAGAUUUGCGCGAGGAAUAAGGAAUGAGAGAGAGAGAGAGAGAGGCAGAGGGAGACGAGACACCUUUUCCAUUAACACUCCCUUCCCGGCCUUUUCCUCCCGCACCCUGCUACCCUGCUACCCUGCUACCCCUCCCUGCUAUCCCUCUCCCCCUUCCCCCUCCCCCCCAGAAGACAAGUUUUUCUAAGACACAGAUUUUUGAUUAUUAAUUCGAGGAUUAUUUGCAGGGUUGUUUAUCGUAGACGGUUACUAUGAAGUCUACGUUUGGGAGGGUUGGAUGCCUGAGGAAGACGAUGAUGUGCGAACAGGCUCCGGAAGACAGCGCUGGGACAGAGACAGAAAACUCGCUAUGGAAACGGCGCUUAGUUAUGCUAAAGGUGUGCGAUUUGUUUUUUUCCCUCUCUCGCUGUAAGUGAUAUUUUUGUCUUUAGGUGUAUCGUUGUGUUUCUCAAGUCUAUUAGUUGCCAAGUUAAUUUCCAGUCAUUAUGAAAUACGAGAUAUUAACUUUUCUAUCUAUCUUUGAUUCCUUUCAAUGAUUUAUGGUAUUAAUUUUUAUUUAUUUAUUUAUUUAUUUCGUAUUCCUCAGAGGCUGGAAAGCGCGUCUCUCACCGUGUGUACGUGGUGUAUGCCGGCAUGGAACCGAUGACGUUUAAGGUUCUUUUUCCUUACUGGAAUGAUACACCAGAUGUCAUCAAAAUACAGAAACUGGUAUGUACUAUGUCGAAGCAUGCAAGCAAGCAAGUUUUCCUUGGCAAGUUGCACUCCUUUUAAUAGAAUUAAAAAGCCGCCCUUUGCUUCUUUUAUCGUAAUCAGUCAUUCUUGUUGUCUCUUUUCUAGGACGGAAAGCAACCUAAUACAAAACACUCUGCCAGCGACUUACUACAACAGUUUACAAAGUAAGUGACUAUAGAAUCAUGUUUCCUGUCACACAGAGCUGUGUUCUUCUCCUUCAACAGUUUCCAUCAGUGCUUCUGGUAUGAGAUUUUCCAGACUGUGACAGAGGGCGCACGCUUAAACAUUGCAAUUAUGCAGAGUUUGCUUUAGUAAGCUCUGUGAUUGGUCCAGACUAACGCACCAUUCUCUUAACCAAUCAGAUACAUACUAAAUCGUUGUCGACGUGGUUGCCUGCAUUUUCCUGCGUUUUAGACAUUGUGCUUGUUUUAAAUUUGGAUGCCCAUUGGCUCCACGUGUUUAUUUUCUUCUAUAUGAUUGGCUGAUCUUGUUAUUGUGUAUAUGGUCUCAAAGACACUUUCCCUAAUGACGCUUUAUCUUAACUACUCCUUAAUUGCUUUCAAAGGGAUUUUUACACACUGGCUGAACUUCAGAAGAUACCACCACCCCAAGGAGUUGAUCCAGCGAAACUUGAAGUUUACUUAAGCGAUAAUGACUUUAAGGUGAGUUCAGAAUGAAUUUAAUGAGAAAGUGCUCCAACUUACGUUUGUAAGCGAACCUCAACAUGUCACUGUGUGUCGUGGUGUUCUAUAUUGAUAUGGCCACCUUUUUAGGUGAGAGAUUGGUGCAACAAUUAAGCAUUUUCCUUUUCUUUUUCUAGGAGAUUUUUAAGAUGGAGAAAGAGGCAUUCAGUAAGCUCCCAGGCUGGAAACAAAUCAAUCUAAAGAAAGCUGUUGGUCUGUUCUAGACCAAAAUAGAACCUCGAAACUACAUGGUGGUAACUCAGACUAUUUAUAUCCUUGUCGACAGGUGCGAGAAGAAGGAAACAGUGGUUAUUACUUAUAAGAUCUGAUGCGCUAGAUUGCCUCUGUCAACCUUUUAUCUCCCAGAGUUGAUUGACGUGUCACUUCUUCUUGUGAUUCCACCGUGUUAUUUUGCAAACAUGUUAUGAGAGCAUACAAGCUAAUCAACUGGGGGGUUAGGUCUUGAUACAACACGAAAUUCUCCCGUUUAUUUUACGAGGAAAUAUUUGGCAGUCUGUAGGGAGAAUUGCAAAUAUGAUUCUGGGAGUUAAAAGGUCAGGGAUACCUAACUUUGAGAUAUAGUGUGCCGGUAAGGAAUGAUAAUAAGAUUAUUUUCUUACGCGUAUUCCCGUAGCAUUUAGUGUGCUGGGUGACACGAGGCAAGUUUAAAGGCAGAUAGCUUUAUGUGUAACCUAAAAUGCUAAAAGAUGUAUGUUUUUUGUAAUGAUGAAUUACCUUGUUAAGAUAAAGCUAUUGAUAUAAUUUUUGAUGUAAUUUUCUUGGCGCAGCAUCAGUAGACUUAAAAAUGAAAUGUGAUUUUUAUUUAGUUCAAAUUUUAGAUGGUAAUAUGAUAAACUUAGGCGUUAGAAUGUGUUUCACGUCAGUUUGGUUUCAAUCAAAUUGGCUCACCUUGAAUUGAAAAGAGUUAUUUCAAUUUGAAUUUCAAGAAAUUGUUUUGAGUCAAAUAUUUUUAUAGUCGAGAAUUAGAUUGCAAGGAAUUUGCGGUACUUGAUAAUAUUGAUUUUAGAGGAAAUAUAUUUUUGAAAUUACGCAGUUGAUUUUAGAGAAGUGUUCUUCGGAAAAGGUUUUAAAAUUCACAGCCAUUAUUCUUUUUCAGACGGAAAAUCUCGACAAUGUUUUCUUUCUACGUUCGUUUCUUCAUAUUUAUUUCUUCGCAUAAUUUAUUUCUGUAUCUCAAAGAUUUCGUUAGAAUUCUGCUGGGCGGAUGUAAUAGAUUUUGCAUUAAUUGUUAUCAUAUGUGAAGAUUAUGUUUGUUGCAUAUUUUUCAUUUCAAAAAAUACCAUGACUAAACUUGAGUGUUAAAUACAACGAUUACAGUUCCUUUCGGCUAAUGAUUUCGUCAGAUGACCUGGGAUAAGUUGGAGCGCUUUUCGAUUGAGUGUCUUAAAACGGAAACCAAAAUAAUUACACUGGCCAAUCAGAACAGAGGAAAAUACCUUGAAGAACCAAUGAGAACUCAAAGUAAAACCGAGAAAACUGUCUAAAGCGCGGGAAAACGCGGGCGACCAAAUUGUGAUUGGUGUUUGUUUUGCAUCGGAUUGGUUGAGAGGGUGGCACGAUAUUUUUUUGACCAAUCACAGAGCAAAUUAGAACAAGACCAAAGCAAUCCUGGAUUUGUUUUGACACGUACUAUUGAAUCGAAGAUUGCGCUAUUCGUAAACAUCGGAAGAAGUCAGAGCUGGUAAUAUUUCUUAGGCAAUGGACAUAUCUCGACCUAGGCAACGAGCAAUUUUUUUUCCCCAUAUUCCUUUUCAUGUCGAAAGCACUGGUUGCCAGGGUCGAAUGAAGUUGGAAUCAUUUUGAGUUUCCUGCAAUAUGAUUGGCUAAGUUUCUUAAGAGCAGUUUUCAAUCGACUGUCGUAAAACCAUAACCAGAAUAAUCACAACAGCCACAGCCAAUCAUAACAAAGGUUUUGUGUCAUCGUCAGCAAUUUAGGACUCAAAGUAAAAACUGAAAAGCUACCAAAAGCGCGGGAAAACGACUAAGACACUUAGUGUUUCCUACAAUUCUUGAUGUUUUAAUGGUUAUAGCAAAUUAUUGUUAAUCUCAGAUUAUUCAGUAAGCUUAAUGUAUUAUAAGAAUUGAGCUAAAUUGUUUUCGUCAAAUUGGGCAGGAGAAGGUUGUAUAUACAGAGAAAAUUAUGAAAGCUGAAAUGAGAUUAAAUUUAUGUUCUAUGUUAAUCCUGAUGUGAUGUACAUAGUAAUAAGAAGCUUUGCGUCAGGUUUUUAUGCAG